UAAUUUUUUUUUAAUUCGAAAGCUAUUAGAAGAAAAAAUAAAUUUAAAGAAAAAAACGGUAAAAGGUGGUUAGUAAAAGAUUUUCAAUGCGACAAUAGGUCAAAAGGACAGUCGCUAGAAGUGUGUAGCGUGUAUACGCGACGUGUCCACGAGUUGGUAAACCAUCUUCUCUGUACAUUUACGAGCUGGAACAGAAAACAAAAAAUGUUGUUUAUGAAGCUGAGUUACUUUGAAAAAAUGUGGACAAAUCGUAAAUAUAUAAGAUAAUUCGAAGUCUGCGCGUGAAUUAUGAUUAGUGAUUUACAUUAUAGAAGUGAAUGUUGCUGUGGUAUAUUUGAAUUUGAGUUCCUAAGCAAACGUAAUCAUGUCUAAAAUUGAUGGACUUAAUGCCACCAAAGAAGCCGCUACUAGGGAAUGGAUUGAGCAACAAAAACAAGUACCUCGAACAACCGAUGAAGAGAAUGAUGAUAUUUCUUCUAUAGCAGAAUCUUCAAUAAUCUCCAGUAGUGAUGGAUAUGAAACAGAAGCGGAAGAAAAUUUUGAUUUAACAAAUAACACGUUAACUACUACAGUAUUGGGCAAUCAGUAUACACCUACAGACAUGGCAGUGGUAAUAGAGAAUCUCCGCGAGUUACUAAACUCUAUUAAUAGUGUGCAAACUUUGGAGAAUGUGCAUAUUGAGAACUCAUCAAAUGUGACCAUAGGCAAUGUCACAAACAUUAAUGGUAAUAUACAGAUUAUACAACGCAUUAAAAAACGUUUCUCCACAAAUACAUCACAAACUUUAAACGCCACAACCACAGCAACGUCUACGGCAGCGGAAAGAAAAUCAAAUGAUUCGCUAAUAACACAAGCGAGCGAGGAACAAGAAGAGCGCGUAAAGCGGGAUGCAUUUAUUGAACGAAUAAAGUAUAAAAUACCGAAGGAGUUGUGCGCUGUUAUACCACGAGGUACUUGGCUUGCGCAAAUGCCAAUGGAAGAGUAUGAUUACAUACAGAAGCCAGUGAAGUUAGUAAUUGUAUCACAUACCGCAACAGAAAGCUCAGAGAAGCAAGCCAUUAACAUACGGAUCAUUCGAGACAUACAGUGCUUUCACAUCGAGUCACGCGAAUGGAAUGACAUUGCCUACAAUUUUCUGGUUGGCUGUGAUGGUAAUGUAUAUGAAGGACGUGGCUGGGGUGUAGUUGGCGCACAUACAAUUGGAUAUAACUCCAAAUCUAUGGGUAUUGCCUUUAUUGGCUGUUUCAUGCGACAUUUGCCAAGUGAUGCUGCGAUGAAUUCGUGUAAAAACUUCUUGAAAAAAGGUGUGGAAGAAGGUCACUUGGCGCCAGAUUAUAAACUCAUCGCAGCCUGUCAAUGUCGUUCUACAGAGAGUCCAGGUCGAAGGUUAUAUGAGGAACUGCAAACAUGGCAUCAUUUUUACAAUAUUGCUGAAGAGGAUGACAACGAAUAGUGAUCGUAAAAUUAAUAUGGAUCCUUAUAUUGAAUUUAAAAAAUAUUCUCUCUACUUAACACUAGCUUUAAAUUAUAUUUAUAAACGCAUUUAAUGCAU